CUGGGCGGACCCCAAUGAGCUGCUGCGUUCCACCCUUCCGGCCCGGUGUUCCAUCAGCUGCUUGCACCUUCCGCCCAGCUCCGGCUUCUGCGCGACAGUCGUGCCUAGUUCCAUCCUAGGUCCAUUGCGUGGCCUCUGCGGCGCCCGAGCCCGCAAUGUCGGGCCCCAACGGGGACCUGGGCAUGCCGGUGGAUGCGGGCGCGGAAGGCGAGAAUGACAGCUUCGGGGAAGCAGAGUAUGCGGCCAUCAACUCCAUGUUGGAUCAGAUCAACUCUUGUCUGGACCACCUGGAGGAGAAGAAUGACCACCUCCAUGCCCGCCUCCAGGAGCUGCUGGAAUCCAACCGGCAGACGCGCCUGGAAUUCCAGCAACAGCUUGGGGAGGCCCCCAGUGAUGCCAACCCCUAGGUGCUGGGAGCCCCCAACCAGGCCCCAUCCUUGCCUCCCUCGGCUAUGCUCUGGCCUGGGCAGGUACUACAUGGCUUAGACACCAUCUCAGGUACUGGCCUUCGGAUGCCCCAGUGGUCUACCUGCCUGGACCAGUCCCUACUGCCUAUCACCAUCCCUCCUGGAGCCAGGUGUGGUCCCACAGCGCCCCUACUUGUCUGCCUUCCCAGCUCCUGGUCUCUUUUCCCCCCACCCAGGACCGAGUGUCCAUAUUAAAGGUCUCCCACAGCA